AUGGGAAGAAAAUGGCAGCUUCGUGAUGUGGAAAGCUUCUUGAAUUAUUUCAAGAUUGAGAUGCAGCUACUCAAGCAGGAGUGGAAGACCAUCUUGCCGUGCACCAUCAUGCAGUACAUCCAUGGUGUCUUCCAUAACCUGGCUUACUACAUCCAGGGCAACUAUCUGACGACGGAACAGCGCUUUACACUUUACGACCUUGGCUACGAGCUCAUGCCGGAGCUUCACGGUUUUGCUUUGUCCAUCUCGGAAAUCCUUGUGUUUGCCGCUGUCUUUGCUCCAGCCAUUCUCUUGGUCGCAACGAUUCCAUUAUUCAAGCAGGAACCUGGCCGCCCACGCUACCUUGUGAUUGUGCUGAAGCGCUGUCUACUGCAGAUCAGUAUUUGUAUGGUCUUGCGGAUCAUUUCGUUUCUCGUGACGGCUCUUCCGUCCCCAGCCGAUCACUGUGAGCUCAAGUUUGACGACGCGUGUUUGGCGGCAAAUCCAAACAAUCCAGUGUUAUGUGUUAUUCCUAACCCGGACUUUGAACCGCCUGCUCUUAGCGAUUUGUUUACUCGUCUCAACCCGCUUACAGGCUGCGGGGACUUGAUGUUUAGCUCGCAUACGAUCUACACCGUAUCGCUCAUUCUGACCAUGUGGAAAUUUUGGCCCAAUAAGUUUGGACUUGCUAUCAUGGUCAGCGUGCAAAUUACUAUUGCGUUCCUGAUUGUAGCCUCACGUAAGCACUAUACGAUUGACGUGUUCUCGGCGCUGUAUGUUGUGCCGCUGAUCUGGUUCACGCUGGAGGCGUACCACAAAGACAUUAAUAACAAGGACUCAGAGGUCACAGUUAAGUCUAUUUUUGAUUACUACGGAGUUGACGUCUCUAGUGAUGCAAAUGACGGUGCAAUGCCGCUCCACACCAGCGAUGCAAUUCCAGAUUCGGCAGGUCCGUUAAACUCGGUGCAGGUGGCGAUGACAGAAGACGAUAGCUAUAGCGGUGAGCGUUCUGACGCUGAUAACUCAACCACUAGUUUCCAGCGCAAGAACUCGUUGUAA